UUACAAUCCUAAAUAUUUACCACAUUGGGGACCAUUUCUUAUUCAAUCGGAAAUGGAAACAAAAUGGCGAUCACUUGACAGAAACAACACUGGGUCAGAAACUUAGCCAAAAGAACUCUUAAAGAUGAGUUCAGUGGCCCAGAUGUUAAGACAAGCGGAGGCCCUGAAGGCAAGUGUAUCUGAUACCAGUAAAACCAUAUCCGAGACUUGGGUAAUGAGACAGAAACUUGAAGAUGUUUACAAAAAAAUUCUCCUCACUGACCUUGAGUAUGCUCUGGACAAGAAAGUGGAGCAAGAACUAUGGAACCAUGCAUUCAAAAAUCAAAUAAACAAUUUACAGUCACAAGCAAAAGACAAACAGAAUGUUAAAAGAGCAGAGAUUCAGGCCACACUUAAUUUAUUCCUGGAAACAGCAAGUGGUUUCUAUCUACAGUUUCUCCAACUUUUAUGUACAACGUUCAAAUUAGAUCUUCCGUUCAGAAGAAAAUCUGCUUUCUACGGUGUCAUGAAAGAGAGGACACCAAUGAAACUAAAAGUAACUCCACCAAAGAAGAGUUCCUGUUUAUAUGUGUGCCAGCAUUGUUUGGUACACCUUGGAGAUAUAGCAAGGUAUAGACAGCAGAUAGAUCAGGCUCAAACCUACUACUGGCAUGCUGCAUACCUUGUACCAUUUAAUGGUCAACCUUACAAUCAGUUAGCUAUAUUAGAGGCUGCUAAAGGGAACAAACUCUCUACAGUGUUCUAUUAUAUACGCAGUCUAGCUGUUAAAGUGCCAUUUCCUGUUGCGGCUACCAAUCUUGAAAAACUCUAUGCAAAACUUACAAAAGAAACUCCAGAUUUCAAAGGGAAGUUAUCUGCUAGUGAAAUGAUCACAGGCUUCCUACAGUUCCAUGCCCUAGUUCAUCUUUGUACAGAUCUGAUAAAAGCAGAAGAACUUUCUGAUAAAUUGGCCGCAGGUCUUCCAGCCCAUGUGACCUCACAAAGUUUCCCAUGGCAAGUACUCGUGCAUAUCGUGGCAAUCAACAUCUUUGCAAUGAAUCACGUGCAACACAUGCCAGAAAGUUCUCCAGAAUCAGGGAUGACUAAUGGGGAUACAGAACUAACAGACGAUGAGGAAAGAUGCUUUAAUCUGGUUUUUAAAUUGACAGUGAACAUGAUGGAUAUUCUUCUACAGUAUACACCUAAACAAGAACAUAAAGUGUGUGACUAUUUUACUCUACCUGCUGUCAAACUUCUAUUAGACUGGCUUAAACUGAAUCCUCAAAACUUCGAUCAUCCUAUACUGAGAAACUCUACGUUAUGGAGCAACUUGUGUAAAGUAUUAAAUAGUAUUCAAGACUGGCAGAUAAAAGAUGGGGAGCAAGAUUUGUCUAAAUAUGAAGAUUUGCCAUUACCAGAAGAUGCAGAGUUGAGAUGUUUUCAACCAAUAGAAAAAGCUCAAAGUGGGUGGAGUUACAGUAAGCUGCCAGCAGAGGGUCUUGCGUCAGAUAUAGAGGUGCGCUUGAGAUGCCAUAGAUUACUGGAGCACGGUCAUUGGAUAAAGGAAGAACAACCAAGUGUUCAAUUAUCUGUUAAGAGGAGCACAGCAGGAAGUUUACAGUUUAGUUCCCCUACCCCACCCCCUACAAAUAAGAUAACAAAGACUGUGACCCUGUCUGUACCAAACACACACUCAAAUCAUACAACUUCCUUGAUGAGCACUGCACCCAGUCCAGAGAGGAAAUCUAACAGACAAAAUGUUGCUAUACAGAAGAGGGUAGGCAUUUGCCAUAAUGCCAGAAAGCAGGCAGAGCAGUACGGGCGUAAAAGUGUUAAAAUUCAAAGACGAGCCAAUUCACCAAAAUACCUGCGGGUUCCAACUUCAGAACCAUUGUUCUUUAAAACUGCGGGAAGUCAGCGUCAGCCGGGGCCAGCUUUACCGGACCAGGGCGUUCAGUCCUCUCCUUCACCAUCUAAACAGCAG